GAGGGAAAGGAAGAAACCUUUCUGUUCCACACACAAAAAAAGGUUCUCUGUGGAGAAACGAGCAACUUUUCAUCUCUGCAAAGCUUGAGAAAGAGAGUCAGCGUUAAAACAUCUCCCGAGUCCACGCAUGGUACGGAUGCUACAAGUUCCGAACGACGUCGCCGAGACUUCUCCUGAAUCCACGCACCAAGUUUGGGAACACCGUACGCUGUGAGACCGCGGGGGUUCAUGUACUGGAAAAAUGAAGUUUUGUCCCCUCUCUCAGAGGGAAAUAAGAUUUUGUCCGAGGGAAUUCCCACGAAACAGGUACAGAAACUUUGAAAACGUCUGUGCGUAAACUUUGUGCGUAAAAGAUUCAAAUUGGAUUUGUGGCACACUUUAUGUUCUGCGUGGGCCUUCGUUGCUUUUCUUUGACUUGAUUUCCCUUUUUUUUUAGGAGGAAUGUUAUUUAAUUCAUUUGCAGACAGAGAAAAUGUAAAGUUGUGGUUAAUUUUUUGCUCGAUUUACCAAAGUACAUAUAUUCUUUCUGGAGCGCUUAGGUGAUGCGUAUUCUGGCGCAUACACGCACAGUUUAUUCGCACCCCGAAGCGUGGCGUGUGUGCGUUUUGUUUUGUCUCUCUGUGAUGUCACGAGAAUCACCGCUUGUGUACUAAGAUCAGCUGCACGCGCCAGCCGCUGUGAAGAGGCACGCGCCUCUCUGUUAUGAAUAGCGUGAUUUGCGGUCCGCGAGCCCUCUCGAGCGCUUGCCAAUUCGCCUGAGAAGAAUUGGAUUUUAAUUACAGCCAUUAAAAAUCAAAUUUGCAAUUCUUUGGGUGACCCGUUGCCUUUCUCUGAUUGACAGUUGAAAUUGACACUCCGGGUCCCUCUUAUCCGCGGCGUUUCCAGCUAUUUGUAAUUACAGGUAGUUUUUUCCCCCCUCCACUCUCGUGUCCUGGAUUGCGAAGAAAAUACUAUUAUUGUGAGAGGCAUGGGUUAAGGGGAAGGGAAAAAUCAAUCCAAAUUGAAAUAGCUUCAUUAAAAUGUGUCUUUUGUUGCGGGGGCCCUUUUAACAGUUUUAACCGGGGGCUUUAUUGUCAGGACUACUUUAAAAAGGAGUAGCCUUGGAGAGCAGUCUGCAAAUGUGUCCCGAGGACUUCUCAGCUGAAGAUGAGGCAGGGAAAGUGAUGAAGACUGGCCGUUUACGAAUCGUUGUCUUGUAGGUGAUCUGUACGGAGCAUCAGAGUACACCGGGAGGCUCACGCUGCAGCGUGGACUCGAAACACACUCAAAUGGUAAGAGCGAAAAUAUUUGCACCAUUCUCUGCAGAGAUAAAGUUAAGAUUCAUGUGGGCCAAUUAUGUUUAUUUGCAUUUGUGUGUAGCUAUUACGCAUGCAUUGCAAAAUAACAAUAACAUGAAAAUGGAGAUAUGUGCAGACUGGAUGAAGGUGAAUUUGUGAGCAGUUUUCUUCCUCCUCUUCUUGCAGUCUCACUCGGACGGAGAAUCGCAGCGGUCCAACAUGGAGCGGGAAGACACGCGCUCGUCCCCCAGCACCCCGUCCACCCCCUCCGUGUGCUCGCCCACCUCCACCACCAGCUCGGUCCCCUCCACCGGGAAGAACGUGUGCGCCAGCUGCGGCCAGGAGAUCCUGGACAGAUACCUGCUAAAGGUGAGAGGCCUUCAAUAACCAGAUUUGAUCCUCUCCAGUGGAAUCUUGUUUAGUUUUUUGGGGGGAGGCUGCACUUCAAUUUCAAGCUCAGGUGUUAAAUACAGAGAUGAUGUCGUGGCUUGAUCUUGGAAUCACAAGGGAAACGAAACGGCACGACUAAGAGAAGAAUAAAGAACUAACAAAUGAAGGCCUAUUUAAAAUAGGAAGACCAAGCCAAACAAAUCGAGGCUACAGAUCAAUUUGCAGUAAUUAAGCACAUUCACACUUAAAGUCUCUUUUCUAGAUUUGACCUUAAAAUCAAUGUUUUUGCUUCUGUUCAGUGAAAUUUAAAGUAACGAAAAUAAGACACACAUGGCACUGUCGGAGCCCGGAGACACAUCGAGGAUGUUUUGGUUUCCACCUUUACAGCCUCACCGUCAAUACGUUCUGUCUUGUCGCGUGCGCCUGCAUGCUUUAGCAGUCUUCAGUCGCGCGCUGAUGGGUGUGUUUGUCAGGAAGGGUGAGGAUCAUUAGUCCAUCAUAUGACUGAAGGAAAGAUAACGAAAACAAAUCCUUAUUUUUCCACAAGAAAGGAAAUAUAGAGAACAUUUAGGCAAUUUGUAUUUACAUUAAAUUCGUUUUAUAUCCUCAACAGCUAAAAUGCAAUAAAAUAUAUUUUUACUGUUUUAAAAUUAGUGAUUAAAAUUGUAUUUUUCUUUUACUUGACCAUAGGGCCUCGAGGAAUAGGCAUGUUAUCGAAAACAUACUUUUUUUUAGGGGGGAUCUUUUGCCUUAUUUUAUCAAGAUAUAAAAUAACUGCAAAUAUUUUUUUAUGUGCUGCAAAUUUUAGAUCUUGUUAAUAUUUUGCUCUAUUCUUUGAAAAAUUUCCACCCCAAAUUUUAUAGAUUCAAAUAAAGACGGACGUAAACAGAAACACACACUCAUACACACACAAAAUAAAAUCUGAUCUGAAAUGUUAUAAUUUUAUUUGGCUAAUAGACCAAGUCUUGUUCGUCUGAAUUGCCCUUGUAUAAAUAAGUUUUAGCAAUAAUUUAAUAUUUUGGCAAAUGGAUUUGUUUUUCUUUAGACUUUCUAGAUCAAUUUUCGGAAAAUUAUGGCCUGAGUAGGCUCCCAUAAGUCAUGUUAAUUACAAGAAUAUUUUCGAUAAGACGAUAAAAUUAUUUUGGAGACGUGUGCGUAAACAUUCAAAACGUGGCCAUUUAUUUUUCCUGUCGAUUUUACCAACUGUAGCCUAUACUGUUGUUAACCAGGCCUGACAAGUGAGCUCAAUUUUCCUUGGAUCACGCUUGAAAUGAUCAAAAAGAAAAUGUUUCAGCCUCAUUUUAAUGCAUAUAGUUCGAUUACUAUAUGUAUUAUUACUAUAACUGAUUUUAAGAGACGCGUUUAUGCAGAUGGCUUUUUCCACUUGCCUUUAUCAGAACACGAUUUUCGUAAGGAGUGCAACAAAUUAAUAUCAUACCAAAACAAAACGAUCACAGAUUAUAAAUUAAACUAUCAACGUGAUGCUUCUGUAAAUGUGGAAAUGACGAGCUGCAGAGAUAUUAUGAAUGGAUGAAAUGGCAGCAGUGCGCAUAUUCAUGUGUGUGUGUGUGUGUGUGUGUGUGUGUGUGUGUGUGUGUGUGUGUGUGUGUGUGUGUGUGUGUGUGUGUGUGUGUUGACAUGUCUGUCUUCCCCUUCGCAGGUGAACAACCUCAUCUGGCACGUGCGCUGUCUGGAGUGCUCGGUCUGCAGGACGUCUCUACGUCAGCACAGCAGCUGCUACAUUAAAAACAAAGAGAUCUUCUGUAAAAUGGAUUAUUUCAGGUAGGGUAAGUUUAUGACCAUGUUUUCAAAAUACACCGUCUACUCUGCACACACACACACACACACACACACACACACACACACACACACACACACACACACACACACACACACACACGCCACCCUCUCCUCUCUUCAUCCCUAUCUCCCCUAUCUAUUUCGCUCUCUUACAUCUGCACACACACCCACACACAUAUCCCACUCACUGUCUCGGGUGGAUGGAUACGGGUUGCCAUAAUGUGAUCUUGAAAGACCUUUUGAAAAACACUCAAACAAAAGCUUUUAACUGCAUGUGUGAAAGAGCCUCAGUUUUGUUAUGGCUUCUGAAAUCAGAGAGAAAAAAAGGAAACUGUUCGAAAAAGUAGGCUAAAGGAUGUGUAGGCUACUGGUCGUGUCUAUAAAGAGGACUAUCCUGUCUGCAUGGACUCGGCUGACCUGAUUUUAUUUAGCAAUAAUUUACUGAAUUAUUAAGAGUGAACGACCUACAACAAAAAUCUAAGGAUCCAUACAUUCGUUUAUGUCAAAUAAUUUCACUACAAUAUGUAUUUGUUUUCAUCGAUUAAACCUCGUUGUCUCGUUUGUUAAUUUGUUUUAAAUGUGUUUCUGUUGUAUUUCGACACGUUGUAAAUAAGUGAAAUCUCAAUAAUCCUCGAGAAUUAAAUAAAGCUUAAAUUAUUAAAUAGAUCAAUAAAAACUCAGAUGUGUAGCUUCACAAACACGUAUCAGCUAGCAACGUCCUAUGACGUCUGUAAGCUAGGCUAUCAAACCGAGAAAAGGCCGUUUAAAUGUAUGUUAGCACGUUUAUUUUGGUCCUGGUGUGCUACAAAGCAUUUAAUACAGCAAAAAUAGUGAAACAAAUGACAAAAUAAAUGUGUUUUAAUUCCUACUUGAUACCAGUUACACUGAGGCUUGUUAAUGCUUCAAACAUGAAAAUAUAGGAGCACCAUUUAAGCUAGGCUAUUAAACCCAGAAAUGUAUGUUGGCAUGUUUCUUUUGGUCCUUGUGUGCUACAAAGCAUUUAAUACGGCAAAAAUAGAGAAACAAAUGCCAAAAUAUGUUUUAAUUCUUACUUGAUACCAGUUACACGGAGGCUUAUCACUGCUUUAAACAUGAAACAUAGGAGCACCAUCUAAGCUAGGCUUUUAAACGAGAAAUGUAUGUUAGCACAUGUAUUUGGUCCUUGUGUGCUACAAAGCAUUUAACAUGGCAGAAACAGAUGCCAAAAUACGUUUUACUUCGUACUUGAUACCAGUUACACUGAGGCUUAACAUUGCUUUAAAAAUGAAAAUAUAGGAACAUGGCCCCGAAUUAAGUCAUGGGCCUGUCACAGUCACAUAAUAAUGAUAAUGACAAUAAUGAUAUCAUUAUUUCAUUUUUUUUCUUAGGUCGAAGAAAAAGCUACUGUGAGACAUUUACAUUGAGACAAUAUAGUUUUUCAAACAUUUAUCCAAUUCACUAUCUAUCUAUCUAUCUAUCUAUCUAUCUAUCUAUCUAUCUAUCUAUCUAUCUAUCUAUCUAUCUAUCUAUCUAUCAGUGUAUCUAUACAGAAAAUCAGUUGUAUAUUCAAUACUGUAGGUAACUUUUAACUAUUACAGUUUAAGGGUUAUGAUUGGGAUUGGCCCUUGGUCUCGGUUGUCUGAAUAUAUUUUUCUUGAUAGUUUCCGAUCAACUUUUCUCUCUCUCUCUCUCUCUCUCUCUCUCUCUCUCUCUCUCUCUCUCUCUCUGUGUGUGUGUGUGUGUGUGUUUUAUCUGAGGUGAAAUGGGGUUCACCAGUCAGGGCAUUUAGCAAAAUUCUGUGCUGUAGCCUUAAGGUGGUGCAUAAGUUGUUCAGACACCCAUGCCUGUUUUGUGCACGUGAGUGAGUGCACACAUGUGUGCAUGUGUGUGUGUGUGUUAGUGCUUAGAACUAUGAGCAUGCCUUGGUGUGUGUCUGAUAGAAACCUGAGCCCAGGCCACUGCUCUGAGGUUUAUAAUCACCAGCAAUUAGUUGUCCUCCACCCCAGACCCUCAGGCCUCCAGACCAGCAAUUAGACCGCCCCGAGUGCCUGGUCAGCAUGUAUCUGAUCUGAAUGAGAGUCUUAUCCAAACUUAAAACACACUAAAACUGUUCUGUGCACACUCUAACAUGGAUACACACCUUAAUAUGUAAACAUGAAUAUGAUUAACAUGCCAAUAUUAGUUAAAACACACUGCAAACAUUGCCUCCUUUUACAACUCAAACACAGUAACACACACAUAAACAUACACUGAGAUCUCUGUUUAUUUAUGCAUGUCCAGCAGCUGCCAGUCAUUUGGCUAUUUUUUUCACAAAAUGGAGAUUUUUGUUUGCUUGGCCACAUCAUAAUAAUAUUUUACCUGACCCGUUUCCAUUGAAGUGCUUCUUCACUGUUCACCCCUUUCACCCUCAACUCGACUCCCAAGACCGUGAGCCGCUGAUAAGCGUGUAGAGUGGAUUCAAAAUAUGCCAGUGUAUCAGAAAAUGGUAAUGAGUGGGAGCAAUUUAGUUGUCACUCGGUCAUAUAUAAUAUACUCAUAAAAGGAAUUGAGCUCUAUAAUUAUGGAAAAUCGAGUCGCUGGGAAUAAGAAACAUAUCUGGUUGUGGAAGCGAUAAAUAUGUUCUCAUUAUGUCCCUGAUAAGAAUGAGUCGUCUUUACCAUAGGUAACUGAAUGAUUACUGCAUCAUACACACACUACACACAAUUAUUUAGCCCUAUUAUAUUCAUUGGACUAAGGAAAGGAAAACUCUAGCUCAAAUCUUAGGUCUGUGACUGUUUUUAGUUGUUGGAAAAGCCGAUUCUUGCAACACUUACAACCAAAAAGGAUUACGUUUGUUCAUUUUAAAGGUACAGCACUUGAUCAUGUGGGUUUUAUAGUUUCACUCAUGUUUGUGGAUGAACUAUACCUGCUGUGUGUGGCAGAGUUCUGAAGUUGAGUGACAAGUAAUGUGAUAAAUAAUCAGAUCUGAUCGUAUGAACACACUGCAGGUCAAACUUGUGACCGUGUCUGUAACUCUUACUCAAAAUUGUUCGAGUCAUGAGAGAAAAAUCCUCCUUUGCAUCUGAUAUGCUUGGACGUCACACUGGAAAAGGAGAAAUAUUUAGAGGCUCUUGCAGUAACAGUGAAGCUUUGCUGCAGGGCUGGGGCCUGUACAAAGGUUACCUCUGUAAAUAUAAACUGUAAUCUGGGUUUAGGCCAGAUUUAAACAAGGCUAAACACCACUGUGAGUCCAGAUCCUCUGGGCUGGUUUCAAACCUCUGGAGAUAUUUCCUCAUCUGUGUCAGCCUCUCAUCUGGCUUUGGACUGACAGCUGCUUUAAUGGGGCGUAAUAGCAGGAAAUCAGACUGGGUUUCCCUCCAUGUAUGUGUGUGUGUGAGCGAGUAUUUGGGGAGGAAGGUGGUGUGUGUGUGUAUGUCGGGAUAGGGGACGCAGGACAGAGCCCUUGCUGUGCCUCUCAAAACCAUGUCAGUCCUCAGGGGCUCCACACACACACUUACACACACGCACACAUGCACACAAUUUCUUUAUCAGCCUGACCCCCCUCGCCUCCCGCACCCCUCCUUCACCUCACUCUGUAGAAAGAGAAACAUCAUCCUCAUUCGUGAGCUGCAGGCCACACAGGAAGUUGCAUUGCUGUGCUAAUCAGAGGCACCCUGAUACUGACAGUGUAACCAGAGUCAGCGUAUGUAUGAGAUGUGUGCAUGCGUUUAUAUUUCUUUGUGAGUAUAUGUGUGUGCAUUGUAAUAAUAAUUAUUCAUCAACCUACCUCUAGUAUGCUGAUUAGGUCUCCAUAGCAACAGAGACAAGAGAGAGUACAAAGCGUGAUUGAGUUUUUUAAAAUUUUAUUAUCAAGAACUGAAUGACGCGAAAUUAUAAUAAGCCAUCUGUCACACAAUACCACACAUUCAAAUAAAAACUAUUCAGUCAAAUCUACGAGACUGAUUUAAAUUUGUACAGUUACAAAAAAAAUGCCUUUAUUCGUAAUUCACAAAAUCCAAGAGAACAUUGAUUUAUUUAAAAUAAAGGUAUAAGUCUUAAUUAUUUGUUUAAUCUGUAAAAAGAAGUAGUGUCUGAAGUGUCUAGAUCAAUUUCUGUGUUUCAGGAUCCCACAUAAGUGUGAAGACAAAUCUUUAGAGAUCAGGAUACUCUCACAGCACAUCAGAAAUAAUAAAUACCCACGGGGUCUCCUUCAUUGAACAGCAGGUGACUUAGUCUAAAAAAAAAGGUAUGAUUAAAAAAAGAGUGCGAACAAACAGAAGAGGCUCUGGCUGAAAAAGGUGAUGCAGAUUUGUUUCUUCAGUGAUACAGGAGGCUGUGAGAAUUGACAAAAUAAACACCAGGUUUUUAGCACAGAAACAAAACAAGAUGCAAAAUAGACAGGAUAUCGUUGAGGAGGGAGGGAUGGAGGGAAGAGUAGGAGGAGACGGAGAUGGAGGAGCAGGAGGGGGUUAAAACGAGGGAUGAUUUGCAGCUUUUCUGGGUUCUGUCUUGGAGCAUGAAACUGACAAGCUGUCAGGCUAGAUUAGCAGCAACGCUCCACAAUGUUUCCCUCUUUACUGUAGAAACAGGCUGGAAUUCUCCAUAACAAUCUGAAAUGAUACUUACAUACAGAACAGUAAGUCAAGGAGACGAUUUGUCCCCGGAUUGGCUUUAUUGGGUUAUAAGAGGGUUUUUUCAUGCUUAAAUUUCACAUAUCUAUGACAGCUUAAGCCCCCUCGAAGUGCUUAGCCAGCUAAUUUUAUUUCAUGGUAAUUACAAACACUAUAACCCCAUAUUAUUUCAUUUCUCUACAGCUGAAAGGAAUUUGUUUGUUCUGAGGAAUAAAAGGUGUGGUGAAAUGUAAAAAGGCUGGGUUUAGUUGAAAACUGCCGUGCCAAUACUCAACUCACAGCGACUACUUGCCACAUUUGGGUCUGUUAAAUGCUAAAAUAAAAGUCCUUUAAGUGUUGUAUUUCUGUAGGGUAUUUGAUAAUGUUAUAAAUUAAUUGCCUUUUUGUUGAUUAGCAACAAAAAUAGCUGCUGUAAAAGUAAAAACCUGAACCUGGAUGGACGGUGUUGAAUGACGUAAGCUCUUUAUCUAUAUAUUGUAUUUUUAGAUUAUAUAUUUUUUAUAUUGGUAAAUGCCAAACAGCAAUACCAGCUUUAAACCUUUUAGUUGGUUGUACUUUUGGCUAGAGGAGAUGUAAGCUGUGGUUUGGCUUUAAAAAACAUACCGUCCAUCUAUGCAUCUAACACAACAUGGGCAAAAAAUGUACACUUUAUUCAAUGCCCCCGAACUGUAAAAUUAGCUGUCAGGGAUGGCAAUGUUCUAGUCUAGUCUCUGCAGUGGCUAAAGCUGACGUUAACUUUUGUUUGAUAGCAAGGGGUGAAUAACCAAAUAUGUUUAGCUUAGCUUAACCGAUUUUCACUGUCAUGCUAACUCAGCUAGGAACACACAUUAGCCUGACACUGAAUCCUUUAAAGCCAUUAUCUCUGUUGUUUUAGUCCAUGAUCAUUCUAGAAGUAUAACGUUAUAACAGUUUUGAGCCUCCCACUCAGAGCUUUAGGAAGGGGGUUGCUGUGUGAAUAUGGUAAAUAACACGGGACUACACACUACAGAUGAGACAGAUCCUCAAACCCAAGCCGUUCGAUGAUUCCCACCAAAUAUCCUCCACUAUAUUACACACAGGGAAAUGGGCCUUCUGCUCAACAAGCUCAUGUGCAUGAAGAGAGCUACGAGUUUGUGAGAUGUCAGGGAUAUAGUGUGCUUUUACCCCAGAUAGAGUGGUCUUGAGAGCACUGAUGUUCUGCCAAACCCACUCACUUGGCAGCCCUCAUGCUCUCUGUCCCCCUGCUCCCUCUGCCAUCCACGCUCUUUACUUUGCUAUUUCCCUCAGCCACUUACUUCCUCUCUCCAUGUCUGCUCUUUUCAUCCUGCCCUCACCCGCUCGAGCCUCUUUCAUAUACUUUUCAGCGACUGACUGCUCUUUGAUUCAGGCUCAUGUUUGCGAUGCUGUGCUGUUCUUGUGUGGGUAGCUACAUGUGUAAGUACAUCUGUCAGAAAUGUUGAGUCACAUAAGCUCUAGAGGUUUCUGUCAGUGUCUGUUUUACAGAAUAAUCCCAUCAAUAUGGAAAAGUUUCCAAUUUGAGUAGAAAGCAGACCAUUCAGUUCGCUGUUAUUCAGUCUUACCCCUGAGGCAGCACUUUUUCUCAGGCUGCUUACAAAUCCUGCCUCCCUCUCAAGAUUUGGCAGCUGCUGACCUCGACAAUGGCUCUUGACCUAACCAUAACCCUCUCAAACCUAAAGCGUUUUAUACCCAUUAAAACCAUAAUGUGCUAUUUAAACAAGGAGCUUAAUGUCUAUUUGACACCCACAGAGAGUGUGUGUGUGUGUGAUUUCUCGCUUGUAAGAAGUACCAGCUGCAAAGAGAAGGCUUUUUAAAAAUGUUUCUUAACAUAUUUUAUUUUACUGAUCUCAUUCAAAGAGCAAAACUUGGUGUGUUUUCUCCACCUAAACCCAAAUAUACGUUAUUCCUUUACCAUUAAAUUAAAUCCUAGCAUUUCCCCUCUUUUUCAAUAAAAGUAUGUUUUUAAUCCCAAAUUAAAAAUGUUACAAAUGACUCCAAAUGCUGCAGAAAAUAAAUGAAAACAGGACAAUCAUUAGAGAAAAUACAUGUCAGAUAAACAGUAGAUACAACCCCUUUUGACUUAUAGUCAUGCAGGAUUUUCCAUCUUUUUCAUGCUUGACAGCAAGCAUUAUCAUAACAGCAGCCUUAACCUCACUCACUUUUCUUUUUAUAUUAUGGGUAUUACAUUGUUUGAAUCAGAUCAACAUAAUCCUGCUGCAGUAGGUACUCUGCAAAACAUCAAAUGUGUAUAAAUCCACUGUAGAAAAUAGUCUCUGUAGGAGGCAUUAUUUACAUGAGACUCACAAAAAUUGAAAUGCCCAGUCCUGCUCUUUCCUAUUACUUAUCUUUUUUCAACAAUUCAUUUUUAUUUUAACAAAGAAAAUAUAGAAAAGCACUAGCUUUGUGCACUUACAUUAAUGAAACAGCUGUUAUCCAAUCUUACUCGUCUUUACUUUAACCUCUCUUUCACUCUUGUGUUUGUCACCUGAUCAUGCUUAUUCCACACAUACAUUAGGACUCAUUGUCACAGACGUAUACCACUUUCUUUCUGACCGUUUUAAUUUUCAUUGUCCUACUUUAGCCCUCAACUCCCCCUUCCCACACCUCCACCCAUUCAGAACAGUAAGUCAGGUGGUUUAGGUUUAUGUGCAGCCUGACCUCACUGUUGCUAUCAGUUACAGCGGGGAGAUCUCAAAUGAUGUCAUGCAAGUCUUUCUUCGUCUUCCACCCCGUGUAAAACAACCCUAGUUUAUAUACGUGUGUUCCCCAGUGUGUGUGUGUGUGUGUGUGCUUGUGUGUGAGCGUGUGCAUAUGUCAGGGCCUUCAUGCAUCAGCCAGGAAAUUGCAGGUGUUGGUUUGUUUGCAUUCAAAGCUCUGCUUGCAGCCGCAGCCAGAAGUCUUUUCUGAGGGCCAUAUCCUCCUCCAAGGUUUCUUCCUUAAACCCUUUGAGUUCUGCCAGAAGGAAAAAUCCAAAAAUAUUUAUUUUAACUUUAGCGCACUUGUGAUUCUCUUCGAGAAAGAGAUGUCCAUUUAUUUCUGUGUACUACCUAUAAAUUGACAUUUUUAUAAUAUUUUCUCAAACAAAAUUUUGCCACCAACUCGUCACUCACCCCUCAUUCUUCCCCCUCUUCUGCUGUGCUCUUCUCUCUUUUCUCUCUCUCACAGUAGGUUUGGUACUAAGUGUGCCCGCUGUGGGCGGCAGAUAUAUGCCAGUGACUGGGUGCGGCGUGCCAGAGGAAACGCAUACCACUUAGCAUGUUUUGCAUGCUACUCUUGUAAGAGGCAGUUGUCGACUGGAGAGGAGUUUGGCCUGGUGGAGGAGAAGGUUCUGUGUCGGAUCCACUACGACACCAUGGUGGAGAACCUCAAACGAGCCGCUGAGAGUGGUGAGUGUUGGAUCUGUCAGGUUUUCUGGAUUGGCUCACUGAUGUUUGGUGGUGAUCUGAAUUACUUAAUACUUUUUACAGCACAGCUACUAAAAUCAGAUGCAUUACAUUAUCUAUCACUUCUUGUAUCAUUUAUUUUGAUGUUUUUUACAGUUUUCAUUGUUCAGCCUGUUUUCUUAUGGCUUUUAUUUGAUAAGUGGCUUGCUUGGUCAUGUUAAGAACUCAAUAUUGUUGAUAUUAUGUCAAACUGAGUGAACAAUUUUGGCAGCACGGCCUCUUCUGGAUUUAUUUUAUUAGCAUCUAAUUCAGUUUUUAGUUUACUCACAUGUGUCUUUUUUCAGGCAAUGGUAUCACGUUAGAAGGAGCAGUCCCCACAGAACAAGACAGUCAACCUAAACCUGCUAAAAGAGCGCGGACAUCCUUCACUGCAGAACAGCUGCAGGUCAGACAAACACAACAAAACUCAAUGUUUUCUGAAUUUUGAUCAAGUUUCAGUACUCUCAUAAUUUUCAUAUUUUUGAAAAGUGUGGUUAUUUUUCAUUUGCUUAUGUUUCGACUCAACAUGCAGAUCAUGCAGGCUCAGUUUGCCCAGGACAAUAAUCCAGAUGCCCAGACGUUACAGAAACUAGCUGAUAUGACAGGCCUGAGCAGGAGGGUUAUACAGGUCUGUACGAUCAGAUUCACAAAUUUGCUUCAUUGUGGAACAAAUUUAUCAGCAUGUUUUAAAAGUGCAUGAUGGUUAAAUAUUCCUACACUGUUAUUACUGUGAUUUGUGUCCAUUUGAAAUUAAUAUAGUUGUUCUUCAUGAUGUUUGUUUAUAGGUGUGGUUUCAAAACUGCAGAGCGAGACACAAAAAGCACACGCCCCAGCACAGUGGGGCUCCCCAGGGCCAUCCUCAGUCCAGGAUCCCUUCAUCCCUGCCUGAUGAGCUGCAUUACUCCCCGUUUGGCAGUCCUGAGCGGGCGCGCAUGGUAGCUCUGCAUGGGUACAUCGACAGUGAGUUGCGUUUUUUUCUGCAGCACAUAGGCCUCCUAAUCACACUGAUGUAUUUUCAAAGGCAGGCUUAUAUUUGUUUUUUUCUCAUUUAACCUUUUGCAUUUUUUUUCCCAUGUGCUCUUCAGGUCAUCCGUUCUCCGUGUUGACCUCUCAGGGUCUCCCCCACCAGGCCAUGUCGUUGCCCCAGCUCCCUCUCAGCCGCUAGCACUCCACCACUUUGACCCCUAUAACCCUUAAACCUCUGGAUUUUGGACCUGCCCUGGAGGUCACACAGAUGUCAGCUUGAAAAAAAAAAGGACACGUUCUUCAGGAGCUCCAACUAUUCGGAAACAGAAAAGACAUGAAAAAAAAAAGACACAUCCGUCCUUCUGUUGUUUUUUUUCUCUUUCUGAGGACAGGAAUAUUCCUUCUGCAGCCACUCUGUCAAAAAUGAGAAUAAAGCUAUCAUCAGGAACUCUCUGACUGUAUUUUACACCACCUUGGGGACCUGUUUUGCUUGAUAUGUACAGCCGCCUCCACUACUCAUACAUCCUCCAGCUUGAAGGUGGAGGGAGUUUAAAAGGACUGAUACUGAAGACAAACAAAGAGGGACUUUUAAGGGGCACUGUCAUUGUGCCAGGCACACAGUAGGCCACGUAGAGGUAAGACUCCACCCCCUUUUCUCUCUUAACAUGAAGGAAUCCUACAUGUAGAUGAAAUCUGUGACUGAUUAAAUGUUUUCUUUACGGAUGACAGCGACUAAAAAACGUCUCAAAAUUCCCAGAUAAACUUUUGAUCCACUCAAAUGAGAUUAGAAAGCAGAGUUUUGUAGAGGACUGAGUAUUGCGUGCCUUAUCCUUUCCACAAUACAAGGAAAAUUUGGUUGUUUAUACAUUAAAAUCCCAGCCUAAAAAUUCUUACUCAGCAAAUAUUUUGGAUUUUAUUUUAUUAUCUAAACAAUGACUGGGAAUUCAAAUCUGCCAAUGGAAAAAAAAAAUCAAUUUUAUGUCCACAAAAAGCAUCUGGUUUGAAAUGAAAGAAAGGCACAAAGCAAGGGCAUUUGUAUCAUUAUAAUAAUGCCGUAAAAUUAAAGGCAGCUGCUAAUAGAGUUGAAGCCGCCACAGUCGAGCUAACUCAGAGAAACACGGGAAGUCGGACGUGCAAACGAGUCAUUUCUUACAAAAUCUGUACAAGUUAGAUAUUUUCAUAAUUCCAAAUAAUUGUAUUGUUCCUAAUUUAUAGUUUCCACAAUUGCUUGUUCAGCCUCCUGCGUGUGUGUGCAUGAACGUGCGUGUGUGUGUGCGUUUGUGUGUGUGUGUCUUUCUCACGAGGAGGAAAAUCGAGUGUUGGUAUAUUGGUACAAUAUAAAACUGACUGGGGUAGUACAUGUGUGUUUUUCAGUGUGAUUGUGCGUAUGCGAGUGUGUGUGUGAGUGUGUGUGUAUUGGCAGGGGGAGAGUGUUUAUCUGUAUUUUAGUGCCAUGGCCAUUGUGUGAAGAACAGGACCCAACAAGACCUCAAUGUCCUUGUAUUUAUUGAGAUGGUAAAAUCCCUGUAAAGCACUUUUUUCCUGCUCUGAAAACUGUUUUGUUUGUUUAAAAAAAACUGAAUGAAAUGAAACAAAAAAGUUUAUUUGAUAGACUGUGCAUCAUAAAUGUUUUGUGUACUAAAAUGCAAUAAAAUAGAAUGUGAUAUU